GUAAUGAAGGAAAAGAAGAGUAAAGAUGGCGGAGAAUAGCGGCACGGAUCCUGCCGUGGAGACGAACACUGAGGAAAAUGCCGCCGCUAGCGCGACUAUCAUUAAGGUCACCGUCAAAACACCGAAGGAUAAAGAAGAAAUAGCCAUUGCUGAGGAUUCAUCUGUCGCACAGUUUAAAGAGGAAAUUUCCAAAAGAUUUAAGGCGAACCAGGACCAGUUGGUUCUGAUUUUUGCCGGUAAGAUCCUGAAGGACGGAGACACGCUCGGCCAGCAUGGCAUUAAAGACGGACUCACGGUUCACCUGGUCAUCAAAACAGCACAAAAGACUUCAGGUGGUGGUAGUUCGCAGACUUCUGCCUCUUCUGGCCCUGGGCCAUCGCAGGGCAACACCGAUGGAAGUGCUAACUCCAGCCCGGCCGGCAACCUGGGCACACCCCAGGGCAGUGGGCCGUCCCCAACCCCGACGCAGCCACCCAAUAUGCUAGCUGGGUUUGGUGACCUGUCGGGCCUAGCUAACCUCGGUAUGGGAUCUGCCAACUUCAUGGAGCUUCAGCAGCAGAUGCAGCGACAGCUCAUGUCCAACCCUGAGAUGCUGUCUCAGAUCAUGGAGAACCCGCUUGUGCAGAGCAUGAUGUCCAACCCUGACCUGAUGAGGCAGAUGAUAGUCGCCAACCCACAGAUGCAGCAACUGAUGGAGCGCAACCCAGAGAUUUCACACAUGCUUAACAACCCAGAGCUCAUGAGACAGACAAUGGAGUUGGCACGAAACCCAGCCAUGAUGCAAGAGAUGAUGCGUAACCAGGACCGGGCGCUUAGCAACCUCGAGAGUAUUCCCGGGGGUUACAAUGCUCUUCGGAGGAUGUACACGGAUAUUCAAGAGCCCAUGUUUAGUGCUGCACGUGAACAGUUUGGAAAUAACCCCUUCUCGGCAUUGGGUGGAAAUGCUGAUAACUCUGGAGCACAGCCCUCCAGGACAGAAAACCGAGAGCCCCUGCCAAAUCCCUGGGGUCCCCCUGACACUGCUGCCACCACCACCUCUGGGACGGCUACCACCACCAGCUCCACCACAAGCUCAACCACACCCAGUGUGUCCAACCCUCUGGGCAUCAGCUCCUCUAGCCUUGGAAACGGUAUGUUCAACAGUCCUGGCAUGCAGAGCUUAAUGCAACAGAUCUCUGAGAACCCUCAGCUUAUGCAGAACAUGCUUUCUGCUCCUUAUAUGCGCACCAUGAUGCAGUCCCUGGCCCAGAAUCCUGAUAUUGCCUCUCAGGUGUUGAUGAACAACCCUCUCUUUGCCGGAAAUCCACAGCUGCAGGAGCAAAUGAGACAGCAGUUACCUGUAUUUAUACAGCAGAUGCAGAACCCAGAAUCCCUUUCUGUUAUGACAAAUCCUCGAGCCAUGCGAGCCCUAAUGCAGAUCCAGGAGGGACUGCAAACCCUUCAAACCGAAGCCCCUGGUCUUAUGCCCAGGUGCAGUUCCAGCUCCACAUUUUUUUUAUUAUUAUUAUUUUAUUUUUUAAGUAGUCCCAGUUAUGCUAAUCAUUGCUCCAUGUAUUCAAUCAAUAUUACAAUGCUACAGAUGUUUGCUGGAGGGAAUGCAUCGACUCCGACUCCGGAAGUGCGUUUCCAGCAACAGCUGGAGCAGCUGAGUGCCAUGGGCUUCAUCAACAGGGAAGCCAACCUUCAGGCCCUCAUCGCCACCGGGGGUGACAUCAACGCUGCCAUCGAAAGACUGCUCGGCUCUCAGCCUUCCUAAUUCCAUCAACUGAGAGCGUGCGAAGGGAGACAAGCAAAUAUAGUCCUCAUCACAUAAAAUCUGACAAGCCUCACAUAGACAGAAUUCCAAUUACUCCAAUCGUGUUUUUUUUGUUUUUUUGCUUCGAUCAUUCAAUCUCUGAAUCAAAAAGCAAUGAGGGUUUCAAAUUUGUUUCCUUGAACAAAAACAGAAAAAAAACAAACAAACCAGAAUCGCUGUGGAAUGACAUCACACUAACCUCUCAUCAACUAGUAAGAUGGGACAAAGCUUACAUUUUGCUUGAACCAAGUUUGAGUUACCAUUCCUUACAAUUAGAACACGCUCACCUGAGGCACUACUCAUUGGUUAGGGGAAUAAAAUCCAUACGCUUGAAUUCCGAGGCCCAGAGGGAUUCUUGUCUU